UCACGUGGUGUUUUGAUACUUCCACAAGACAACAGGGUCGGCCAUCUUGCCAGUGGCCUCUUGCCGACUGUGUGGUGUGGGUGCACGGGACUUUUCUCGAACGACUUCUCUCGCCCAGAGGAUAUUGAUCUUCCCCUAAAUAUGUCGCUUUUCGGAUCACUUCUCUCCGGGUUUGACGACGACCCGUUUUUUGGGGGUCCGAGGAGUAUCAUGAGGCAAAUGGACCGUAUGAUGUCGUCCAUGAUCCGUGACCCGUUUCAGGACGACCCCUUCUUUGCCAGCGGCCAUGAGAUGUCUCCCUUCCCAGCACUGACAGCUGGCCCUGUGGGGGGCGCAAGGCACCACCAGUCCCGAGCUGUCGAUAGGGACCCUUUCGCUCUGGCAAUCCCCAACAUGACCAAUAUUAUGUCUUCCAUGUUGCAGGUUGGUCCACUCCCUUUGCCACAGGAGAUGUAUGCUUGGUUUUAUAAGAUACACAAAACACCUGAGAUCUGUACAAACUAUAUUAAUGUCCAGAUCGCCAGUUGA